GGAUGUGAAAGUCCCGACCCUCUGUUGGACAGUGCUAAUUGGCUCUGUGCUGAUCACAUGUACUCUCCCAGGAAACGAAAAAAAAAAACAUCUCUAGCAAUACACACCAAACUGAGCAUGUGCAGCUUGACCCCAUGGCUCUGUUCUAUCAGCAGAUGGAUUGGGGACAGUAAAAGAAGGAAAGGAUCAGAGAAGACAGGAUCAAAUAUCCUUUUUACACAAUGCAGAGCAUUAACCCCUUAGGUUCCACAGUGAGUAUAACAAGCAUGCUUUACUGCAUAUAUAAACUGAUUUUACUGUUGUGGGUUUAGUAAACUU